UCCCCUACAAAUACCCCCUCCCAUCACUCAGUGUCUGUGCAGAACUUGUCCAUCAGAAAACAGCAUCUUCAGAAGAACGCAGGCAGAAGAAAGGAAGAAGCUCGGCUAAUUUUUCAGAAGUUCAGAGGACGCAAAAUAAAAGAAUGGGAUCCAGCGGAGUCCAGAUUGUAUGUGUGGCCCUUGGGGUCCUCGGCCUGAUCGGGGUGAUCGUGUGCUGCGCCGUCCCGCGCUGGAAGGUGUCCUCCUUCACAGGCAACAACAUCGUGACUGCACAGAGCACUCAGGACGGUGUGUGGAUGAGCUGUGUGGUGCAGAGUACCGGCCAGCAGCAGUGCAAGAACUACGACUCCCUGCUGGUGCUGCCGUCCGACCUGCAGGUCGCCCGCGCCCUGACCAUCAUCAGCUGCAUGUUCAGCUGCCUCAGCAUCCUCAUCCUCUUCUGCGGGGCCGACUUCACCACCUGCGUGCAGAACGAAGACGCCAAGCCCAGGAUCAGCCUGGUGGCCGGCAUAGGAUUGCUGCUGGCCGGCCUCUUGGUCAUCAUCCCCGUCAGCUGGUCCGCCCACAUUGUUGUGCGAGAUUUCAACGACCCCCUGGUGCCCGCCUCCCAGAAGAGGGAGCUGGGAGCUUGUAUCUUUGUGGGCUGGGGGGCCGGCGCGCUCCUCAUCCUGGCCGGGGCUCUGCUGUGCUGCUUCAGCAGGCCCAAGUCUGGCAGCUCGGGAACCGCGAAGUACUACAGCAACAGCGCCUCCGCCCCGAAUAAAAACUACGUGUAGUGUCUUUACGAAGGGGACUGCAGUGAGGGGGGACGAGGGGGGGUGAUGGCGACCCGGAGUGGGUGACACUGAGGGUUUUAUGUUUUUAUUCUUGGGACAAAACAGGUCUCUGUAAAUACUGAAUACUGAUGAUGUUUUCUUCCCUUUCAUAUUCCCACUUUUGUUGGGUUGGAGGCUGUUUGGCUCUCGGGUGUUGGGUUUUGCAGAAGCCAUCUGAUAGUAAACGGGAAACAAAAGGGAUACGAGCUGUAACUUAAACAUCAAACUCAACACUUUGUAAGCACAGAAGUAAGAAAGUUUCACUCUGGUUGCAAUGAAAGUCUUAUUUUCUCAUGAAAUAUGCGCCUUCAAGUGUCAGCACAUAAGCAUAAAGUGAAAUUCAAGAUCGGCGAGAGGAAAAAUGAUCAUCUUAGGUGAACAUUUAUUUCAGAAUAAAAGCUGUUCAGCCUUUCUGUUUAUACUGCGCAUGCUCUGGCUCGUUUGCUGUUUCUAUCAUCCAGUCAGAAAAAUGUGAUCAGAAGAGUCUGAACGCACAGGCACCUCAGGAGGCCUCAGGGAACAUCUCCGCAACAUUUCAAACAUUUUGUGUAACACUCGGGGCUUUGUUUUGUUGGUCAUUUUGUUUUGUUUGUGUGAUGAUGAGCAUAAAUAAUAAAAAUCUGCUGUAAUCCAAA